AAUGUUAGGUUUUCUUCUUCCUCACGAGGUUUUAAUGGCGACUGAUGGCGACCGUACAAAUUAGAGUUUCUGGUUGAGAAAUUUUUUCCAAAAGAAAGGGUUUUUGAUUCUGGGUUCUUCAAAUCAUCUCAUACCCUUCAUCUAGAUUCAACAAUUUCCUCUGUUCUAACUCUCUUUUUCCCCUUUCUUCGCUCUGUUGUGAAAUUUUCUUCUCCGCAAGUUUCGAAGCUGUUCUCUGUUUUGAGAGAGACGUGACUUGUGAGGUUUAAGGUGGGUUUGGUUUUGAUGGAUGAGAUUUGGGAAAAAGUUGUGGAAGCGGCUCUAGAUGGUCAAACAGAUAGGUUAGCUACACGGACGCUAACACUUGAUGGUGCUGUGAAACGCGUUCAUGGACGUUUACCACCGCCCAAUGUUCUCGAGAAGUUUCAAAAUCUUCAGCAUCUUUCUAUAGCUAACAUCGGUAUUUCUUCGCUGGAGCAGUUUCCUAGACUUGGUAAUUUACAGAAGCUAAUCUUAUCUGAUAAUCGGAUCACUGUUGGCUUGGAGUUUCUUGUUGAAGCUGGGCUUGAUUCGUUGCGUGAUUUGGAUUUGUCUAAUAACCGGAUCCAGUUUGUUGAGGAUCUAGCUCCUUUGGCGGAGUUGAAGCUCGUGUCUCUUGAUCUGUAUGAGUGUCCUGUCACUAGGGUUAAGGAUUAUCGAUCUAGGGUUUUUGGGUUGAUUAAAACUUUGAAGUAUUUAGAUAAGACUGAUGCUGAAGGGAAUGAGAGGCCUGAGUCUGAUGAUGAAGAUGACGAGGAAGAUGAGGAGGAUGAAGAGGAGGAGGAGGAGGGUGAUGAAGAGGAUCCUGGAAUUGGGGAGGUUGAUGGAGAUGAAAGAGCGGAGGCUCCUAGGAUGAGUAAUGGGCAUAGUGAAAGGCUAGAUGGUGUUGUUGAUGUUGAUGAGGAUGAAGAGAGUGAUGCUGAGGAUGAUGAGUCAGAGCAGGCUACUGGAGUGAACGGGACGAGUUAUCGGCCUAAUGGAUUCCAUCUUCAAGCUGUAAAUGGGGAAGAAGUAGGGGAAGAUGAUGGGGAUGAUAGUGAGUCUGGUGAGGAGAUUGAUGAGGAGGAAGUAGGGGGAGAUAAUGAUGUGGUUGAGGUGCAUGAGAUUGAAGAUAGUGAUAAUGAGGAAGAUGGGGUUGAUGAUGAAGAAGAUGAUGAAGAGGAUGAGGAGGAAGAGGAAGUUGAUAAUGAUGAUCGUGGUCUUGGUGGGUCAGGGAGCACAGGCAGGUUGAUGAACGCAGGAGAGAUUGAUGGGCAUGAGCAAGGGGAUGAUGAUGAAGACGGUGAUGGCGAGACUGGGGAAGAUGACCAAGGGGUUGAGGAUGAUGGAGAGUUUGCGGAUGAAGAUGAUGAUGUUGAAAAGGAGGAUGAAGAAUCCGGUGAAGGGUACCUUGUUCAGCCAGUCUCUCAAGUGGAAGAUCAUGAUGCUGUGGGUAGUGACAUCGAGCCGAUCAAUGAGGACAAUGAUCCAGAUGAAGAAGAAGAAGUCGAAGAUGACCUGCCAAUCCCUGACCAGUCCUUGCCAUCAUCAUCUCGCCCAAAGAGAAAACGAGAUGACGAUGAUGAUGGUGAGGACGAUGACGAUGAUGAUGAUGAUGACGACGAUGAUGAUGGUGUUGAUGAUACAGAUCAGAAUCUUUAGUUUGAUAAGUUUUAGAUGGAAGAAAAGCUCUGCUCCUUCUGGAUUAAGGCGGCUAUAUAUGAAUGUUCAAAUGUCAGUUAUGGUUAGGCUGGUGGAUUUUCAAAUGACGGUUACUCAGCUUGGAUUUACCGCCUUUUUAGAAACCCCACUUUAUGGAGGGAAAGAAAAAACACAAACACAAAGGAAGAGUUUCGAGACCUUGUUUCUCUGUUAGAGGGUCUUGUAAGAAUGCUUGUGGAUAAAUCUUUUUGUGUUAUAUCGUCUUUUGUUUUACAUCCAUUACACUUA